AACUGUGAAGCUUCAUAGAGCAAAAAUAUAAUGGCUCUUUCUUCUUCUUCUUCUUCUUCAUCACGUUUUGCCAUUAUUGUUGCCUUAUCUUUAUUCCUGGUCAUUACAGGGUCGACCUGUUCGGCUCAGCAACUCCGUCAGAACUUCUAUUAUAAAACUUGUCCAAAUCUUUUCCCCAUUGUGAGAUCUGUUGUUAAAUCAGUUGUGUACCAACGGCCUGUUCUGGGAGCUGGUCUGCUUCGCCUCUUCUUUCAUGACUGUUUCGUCAAUGGUUGUGAUGCCUCAAUAUUACUGGAUGACACUUCAACAUUCACUGGAGAGAAGACAGCACGUCCCAACAAUGGAUCAGUUAGAGGCUUUCAAGUGAUUGAUGAAAUCAAGUCCAAGGUGGAAGCAGCAUGCCCCGGCAUCGUCUCUUGCGCCGAUAUCGUAUACAUUGCGGCUCGCGACUCUGUUGUUCUGCUUGGAGGGCCAAAUUGGGAGGUUAAAUUGGGAAGAAGGGAUUCAAAAACAGCAUUCUUUAGUCUUGCCCAGAGUGGUGUGCUUCCACCAGGAUCUUCUAAUCUUGAUAAUCUUAUCUCUACAUUUAAAGCUCAAGGCCUCUCUACUCGAGACAUGGUUGCUUUAUCUGGAGGCCACACAAUAGGGCAAGCAAGAUGUGUUACUUUCAUAGAUCGAGUAUAUAAUGAGAUAAACAUUGACCCUUCUUUUGCCAAGUCAAAGCAGCAACUUUGUCCAAGGACUGGAACUCCAACAAAUUUUAUAGCAAACUUGGACGUUACAACUCCUAAUUAUUUUGACAAUAGCUACUUCAAGAACCUCCUUUACAAGAAGGGACUCCUUCACUCUGAUCAAGUUCUCUUCAAUGGCGGCUCCACCGACUCGCUGGUUCGGACUUAUGCCCAGAACAAGAAGGCCUUUGAUUAUGACUUUGUUGCUGGCAUGAUCAGAAUGGGAGACAUCAAACCCUUAGUUUAUCCAAAUGGAGAGAUCCGGAAGAAUUGUAGGAGAGUGAACUAGAAGAGCUAAUUAUAUUAAGCCUCCUUAUAAAUUCCAAGACAAAUAUAUUAAUAAUGUGGGGAAUUAAGUGUGACAGCAUUUGAUUUUUGUCUUGUGCUUGUGUUAUUUAUAAUGAUUCUUCUUACUUAAGCAAUAAUAUCACUUUGAAUUCUGUACUUCAGACUCAAAAAAUAUGAAUGGCAAGACUUGUAUAUAUGUAGUAAGUAUGUA